GAGUACUCCAAUUUCGGUCUCGAAAGAACUCAACACAUCUUUAACACGGACUUUCAGGCGAGUGAGAGCUGGAGCAAAUGUUGUGCGGUUGAAAUGCUUUAAGACGAGAAUAUUUGGACAAGACCUGAAGGACAGCCAGAUGGAUGUUGAAGGCUCGAAGGAAAGAGCAGCUUCGACGACUGAUACGUAAACAAUUCGAGGAAUAUUGUGAGGGCACCGCAGCAAUAAGCAAUGGGUCCGUAGGAGUGGCUUUCGAUACGUCAGUAUGUGCCGUGCAGAGGCAAGAGUUCGUUGUGGAAUCGCAUCUCCGCCCCAUCAGAUCCUCGCUCAGGUCCCUGACCAAGGUCGACCACAAGACACGUUCUCUCUUUCUGUGAGCACCCAAGAUGCCUUCUUUGAUUAAGCAACCCAACGCGGCAUGCUCGCUAUUUUCACUGGUUACGAUUGCCCCCCGCGCCAGGGUCAAGCCCAGGUGGCAAUCAUUGCUUGAGCCUGGCGCGAGGGACCUAUCACUUACGAUGAGAAUGCAGCGAUUGAUUUUCUGCGUAACGCGGACUAUUCAUCUGUACAUCGGGGGGAAUAAGAGGCAGACGGCUGUCGGUGAAUCUCAAGGAGUACCCACAGAGAGGAUGCAUUGCGGUGGAUAUGGUGGCAACGCGAAGUGAAUCUGGCGCGAAGCUGUUGCCACCCGCUCAAGCGGCGAGCACUCCGCGAUGAGAUUCCUAUUCAUCGCGCGCUCAGUGUCUGCACUCAGAGAGCAAGCAGCUCGACGUGUGUUCACGGCUAGGGUAAGGUGGUGAAAUAGACAUGGUGUGCGGAUGUGAAAAAGAUGGUGCCAACAAGGGGCGUGUACCAGCGAAACUCGAAUCCAGGGCACUCCACCAGUUUUUGACCUCGUCCGCUGCCCAAACUCCGGAGAAAGAGCACCCUUGUAACACUAAGUUCCAUCAAAGAGCAGCCAAGACUGUGCUGAGGCAUAGGCUCAGUGUAAAUAGGAACACCUGUAUGUG